AUGCAUCGAUCAGGACUUCUCAACUCCCAAAAGCUUCUUAUUCCACAGCACACCUUCAGCGGGUUUAAAAUAUCUCUUGAGCCUAGACUCAUACCGCGACUCCCACAAACCCGGCGGCUCCAUCGUACUUUAGCGACACCGCCCCCAGAUACCACGCCCUCACUCGUCUCACUCCCGGCAAUGGUUCUCUGCGCCUUCAUACAACUCACAACCGUCCUCUCGGUUCAGGUUCGUAAACUCAGCUCACGAAAUUUCGUCCAAGCUCUCAGCAAACGCCCAGAAUCGCAUAUCCUCCUCCACGCGGUCGCCAGAACGGCGUCCUUGUGUCCGCGUGACAUCGCUAAAAUCGGUCUCGUUCUCUUUGCAUUCGGCGUUGUGUAUGAUUUUCUUCUGACGCAGCCGGCGUGGUUCCAGGAAUGGUUUCUGUAUGGGAUGAUUGCGGCAGGGACCGGGAUUGCUGUUAAGUGGGUCGUUGAGGGUUGGUUUUAG